UUGCGGGCCCCUCUGGAAAAAGCAGGAAGGUCACGGCCGCUAUGGAGCCCAAGGUGAUCUACGUGGUGGUGCUGGUUUUCGCGCUGGCCCUCGGCAGCCUGGCGCAGAGCGAGACUGAGACAUGUCAGGUGGAACCCCAUCAAAGACAGAAUUGCGGUUACGACGGCAUCACAGCGAAGGACUGCGAAUAUAAAGGCUGCUGCUUUGACAACACAGUCCGUGGAGUCCCGUGGUGCUUCCAUUCUGUGCCCGUGGAGGAAGAGUGCGAGUUUUAGAUGCUUUUCCUGUGGAAAUGGCAUUGGGGUGAGAAGAACAUCUGCCUGGUACCAGGGGCUCAGCUCCAUCGCUGGCCGGAUGUCUUGGGGUCCUAUGAACCUGAACUCCCCGCCUGGAUUGACUGCUCAGAUUCUUUGUAUUUCAAAUUAGCCUAAAAAUUAAAAGAGAUGAAUGUU